GCUCAAUUGAGAGGGGACAGCCUUGGGCGACAACAGCUGCACCAUGGCCGAUACUACGACGAAGCAGAGCCCGCAAACCUACGUCGGGACGAGCAAGGUCGUCCAGACGGACUACCCGCUCAUCGACAAUGACCCUCACUUCAAGCGCGUCGUGGGCUAUGCCCGGACCUCCGACUACCUCGCCGGUCUGGCUACCGCGGCGUUCGCCCCCGGUGCGCUGUACACCAUGGAGAAGUUUGCGCCCUCGUAUGUCGGCAAGGGCGGUUUCGCCAAGGCCAUGCGGUUAGCCGGCUUUGUCGGCCUGGCCGGCGGCUUCCUCUUUUUCUACCAGCGCUCCGCUCUGCGGUUCUACGGUGCAACGGAGAACGCUCGCGAGCGUGAGAUGGACAUGCGGGAGAUGGUCUCCAAGGUGAAGGCGGGCCAGCCCCUGUACGGAGAGAGCCGGUUGAGCCCGUACCUGCAGGGCGUGGCCGCUCGGCAGAGCCGGUACUCGGCGCUGUUUAUCAGCACGGUGCCGUGGUUCAACUUUGUCAACCACAACCAGCACGGCGUGGACACGGCCAAGUACUAUCAGCAGGCUGAGCGGGAACUGGAGGCCGAGCGGGCGGGCAAGGCGUAGAUGCAGGCGGUUGAAAGUGGCGUUGUGUAUAUUAAGCGAAAUGCCUUUACGGCGAAGGGCUUCUAAAAGACUUGAAGAUACAAGUUUCUUUGUUGAAGGUUUCGCUGGCUGAAACGGGCAGGCGCCGCUUUGAUAGAGGCCCCCAUCUUGCCGAGGAUGACUACGUUGCGGUUAGGGCAUGUCCAAUUGCUUCACUUCACGGAGCUGUAAACCGCGAACAUUUGGGUUGCUUGGGGUGGUACCCGAGGUCUGGAUUGUAGGAUCCAGUUGAAGUGAUACGGGGUCACAGAUCGUAUAGUCUACGGCGGACCGCGGCCCAUCGGUGUGGAAGGAGUUCUGAACCCUCGAUAACCACGCGUAUCGCAUGGGAGCCCAUCCUAGACAAGCUGAAGGAAAACACGAAAUCCUUCGGGAUCGCCAGACCAGACGCCCAUAACUGGACGAUUCGGGAAGAUCGAAACCGAGUCGUUGCAACCGGCCGCCGUGGUCGGGUGUGGUGAGACGGGCCUCGCAGUCGCAAGAGACUGUCGGGCAAUACCGGGAGUCGCUCUGAUUCUCAUUUCAGCUUCCUCGGACGAGAUAGAGUCGCCACGGCUCUGGAUUUCCAAUGGCAGUCUGGGCUUCUCUGAUCCGCCCCUCGGCCGUGUGUUGCACCUCGGGAGGGCAUCCGAGUCUGUAUCCCACACGACUCGGCCGGAGAUGAUGUGUGUGUGUGUGUGUGUGUGUGUGUGGAGUUGGGUUUACAAACGAGAGGAUGCUACGGCAUAUGACGCUAGAUGAAACAGAAAUUGGGCUUUGGCUUCAGCUCGUUGGGAACGGG